AUGGCGCCGUCGCGUCGCUCCCCUACUGCUCGCACGUUCUUCGGUAAGCAUCUGGCCACCUCCCUUCCUCCCCUCGUCCCUAACAUAGUAAUGAACCCUCCUUACCCACACCGCACCGCAGCCGGCGGGAAGAUGCGGAGCCAGCUCCUCGACGCGGCGAUCGACGGCGACAUUGGCUCGUUCAAUAGGUUUGCGAGGGCGCUGCAUAAGGGCAGGGGCCACCUCAGGGAUACGGUGGAGGGGGUGAGGACGGAAGACGAGGAUACGAGGGGCCUCGGGGCGCUGCACCUCGCCGCCGGCAGCGGGAAGCUAGACAUGUGCCCCUACCUGGUAGAGGUAUUGGGGGUCGAUGUGGACGCCGUCGACCACGGAGGUAGAACACCUCUAAUUCAGGCAAUAUACAAUGAGAAAGUGAAUACUGCCAAGUAUCUUCUUGAUCAGGGCGCCAAUCAAGACAAAACCAGCGACGAUGGGUUUACUCCCCUGCAUUGUGCUGCUGGAUUAGGAUUUUAUAAAAUCGUCAGACAAUUGCUUGAAAGAGGUGCUUAUCCUGACCCUGUAAAUGGUUGCGGGACACCACUUCAUAUUGUGGCGGCAGAAUGUGAUGAUCGUUCUAUGAAGAUUUUAUUGGACCACAAUGCAGAUUACAACAAGAUGUUAAAUGGUAUGACUCCUCUCUAUUUUGCUAUAAAUGCUACCUCAGUGAAAUGUGUAAGCUCUUGGUUGAGGUACUGUAACUUCAACUUACUAUUUUCAGUCGCUAAAAUUACUAUGAGGCUGUUUGCUUUGUUCUAUCAUUCAAUUUAUGAAGUUAGCAAACUUUUGCUUUACUUGGUUUAUGAGCUACCAUGCGCCGAUACUCCGCCGAUUUGCUAUACUGUGGCAUAUAAUGUGUAUCCAAUAUCCGCUGGUGCUGUUGCAAAUGGAGAUUAUUUCUUAACCGCUUUACGCGAUGCACCGAAGAGUGCCUCAAGUGGGUGCUUGAUGUGUGUACUGGGGAUUGGCGAUGACUGGCAUCCUCGUAAUGAUAGUGAGCCUGUGGAUAAAAGGAAAAUACAGGAGUUGAAGUCAAAAGGGAGUAAGGCAGUUGGGAGAAGAGAUUUUCUAUCUGCCGCAGAAUUCUACAGUAUGGCAAUGGAGCUUGACCCUAACGACGCAACCUUGUUCUCAAAUAGGAGCCUCUGCUGGCUUCAGUUGGGCAAGCCUUUGCUGAGUCUGCUGGAUGCUCUUGAAUGCAAGAGCAGGAGACCAGGCUGGCCAAAGGCCCUAUACAGGCAGAGCAAAGCCCUGAUGUCACUCAAGGACUACAAAGGUGCGUGCGAGGCGUUUCUGGAUGCACUGAAACUGGAACCAGGGAAUGAUGAGAUCGAGGAUGGGCUGCGGAAUGCUAUGGCAUCCUUGAAGGUGUCUCGGAGCACAAAGGCGGAAUGACCUACAUUUUGUACGAAGUUUACAUGGUUUUGGUGGGUCGAUAUAUAUCCUCCUUGUGCAAGUUAGAUGUGUGCUAGUGGCGCAUGUUUGACAUGACUAGUUGACCUGCUGAUACUUGAUGGUUUUAGUCAUUCCAUGGAUCUUUUUGUGGGAUCACAUGGUCAUUUCUCAAAUCACGU